ACCGCACUUGUAAUUGCAAUCACUUUCUUCUCACUUCACAUUAUCUCUACCAUUUUCUUCCCUUUCUCACUCCAUUUCCAAACCCUAACCCUAGCUCCGAUUCCAUCACCGCCAUGGCCAAAAAACGAAAGCUUCGAUCCUCCGACCCCGAACCUACCAAACAACCCGAACCCGAACCACAACAACAAGACGUAAUCGAACCCGAACCAACAUCAGACCAAAACGAAAACCACCAAAACAUGGCCGUCGAUGAAGAAAUCGCUCCGAUACAAGAAGAUCAACCUCAAAUCGAAGAAGAAGCAGAACCAGAAGGAGAAGAAGAACACCAACAGCAAGAAGAAAACGAAACCCUUGAAAACCAACAAAACGCAGGCGAAGUUUCGGAGCAGGUUGAAACAGUGGAAACUAACGGCGCUGAUGAUUCCAACAACAACGAAGAAGAAGAAGAUCUCGAUUUGGAAGAAGAGCCUGUUGAGAAGCUUCUGGAACCUUUCACGAAGGAGCAGUUACACGCUCUCGUGAAACAAUCCAUUGAGAAGUAUCCAGAUCUAGCGGAAAACGUUCGUCAGCUAGCUGAUGUUGACCCUGCUCACCGGAAAAUCUUCGUUCACGGCCUUGGCUGGGACGCCACCGCCGAAACCCUAACUACCGUGUUUUCGAAAUACGGCGAAAUCGAAGAUUGCAAGGCUGUUACCGACAAAUUAUCUGGAAAAUCUAAGGGCUAUGCUUUUAUAUUGUUUAAGCAUAGGACAGGUUGUCGUAGGGCACUGAAACAGCCACAGAAGAAGAUCGGUAACCGAACAACAUCGUGUCAGUUGGCAUCUGCUGGACCUGUUCCGGCGCCUCCCCCGAAUGGUCCUCCGGUCUCUGAAUACACUCAAAGGAAGAUAUUUGUAAGCAAUGUGAGUUCUGAUAUUGAUCCUCAGAAGUUGCUUGAGUUUUUUAAGCAGUUUGGAGAGGUUGAAGAUGGUCCAUUGGGUAUCGAUAAGAUGACUGGUAGGCCGAAGGGUUUCGCGCUUUUUGUAUACAAAACUGUUGAGAGUGCAAAAAAGGCUUUGGAAGAGGCAAACAAGACUUUUGAGGGACACACUUUGUAUUGUCAGAAAGCUGUUGAUGGUCCUAAGGGAUACAAAGGUUAUCAUAACCAGCAACCACAGCAUCAACAACAUCAUUCUCAUCAUUCUCACCACUCUCAUCAUCAGCCUCACUACAAUUCGAGAAAAGAUAAGAACAAGUAUUCCUCUGGUGGUGGGCCAUCACAUGGUGGUGCUGGUCACUUGAUGGCUCCUCCAGGUCCUGCUGUUGGAGGUUACAAUCCUGGAGUUCCGGCUCAGGGAUUGAAUCCAGCGCUUGGACAGGCGUUAUCUGCUUUGCUUGCUAAUCAAGGAGCUGGUUUGGGGCUUGGCAAUUUGCUUGGAGGUCUUGGUGGUGCACCGGUGAAUCAAGCUGGACCACCUCCUGCUGCAUAUGGUAAUCAAGCUGCUAUGGGAUAUGGGAACCAGCCGGGGUUGCAACCGCAGUAUCAGAAUCCUCAGAUGGGGCAGAGCAGUGGUGUUAGACCUCACCCUGGUCCUGGCGCUCCUUAUAUGGGUCAUUAGGUUGGCUUGGCAGACACAUAGAUCCUUGCCACAUAACAAAUGCUAGAAACUGCUCGUAAAUUCUAUCAUCUGCAUCCACCGAUGGAGCUUGCAUCCCUAUUCACUUCCAAGGCUAAAAGUGGCUACACUUGGUGGGGUUGAUGCUCGUCUUCGUCUUUGGAGUUCAUAAUGGGUAUGAUCUUUUCUUUUACUAUUGACUGUCUGGGAAUGUUUGGGAACUUCUUCUUCUUUUGACUUACAUAAUCUAAAUUGACUUUUAAAAAAUGUCUUUCGAUAAUGUCAUGUUGGGCUUUCAAAUUUCGCUCACCGUUUCCGUUUUGUUAUUUUUUUGACAGUCUUUUUAGAUAAAUUGCCCAAAUUGCUAAUUAUUUAGUUUUGGUAACAAAAGCUGCGAUAGAUGAUAAAUAUUUUCUUAAAUGACAGAAUCAAUAUUCAAUAUUUCUUUUUCUGAAAAUGUGUCAAUUUUAUCAUUACAAAUAUUAUUUUUGGAGGAACUAUGUCAAACUGGUUUUAAGCUGUAUUUUAAGGCUCUUUUAUUCUGGUGUUUAUACUCUAUUUCCUAAGGGCAUUUGAUAGCAUCACCCUUUAAAUGUAUAUUUGGGGUGAGACAAAAACCAUAAAUUUUUACCAUAUACAUACAUUUGUAGAAUGUUGCUUACGUUUUGAUGUUAAAUUGGAAAGCAUACUUUAGAGAUAUUCAUUACACUGUUUGAGAAAUAUCGUUCUAUGAUUGAUGAUGUGAUUGGUCGGCAUGAUGCUGCAAGUUGACCUUAAUCAUCAAGAAGGCAUUAUUGGCUUAUUAUAUUAAUCAUCAUUUGAUUAAUCCACGGAGCUGACAUUUAGAAAUGCUGCCAAAGAAGACUACAGAUUCUACGAUAGUUGAAAAGAACAUAAUUUGUGGUCUUAUAUUUUAUGAGGGUUGCAAUGAAGUUUGAGAGGCAAAAUUCAGGAAGUUGUGUGUUCCUAUGGGCUUCUGGAGUGUAAGCGAUAUGCAUGGAACUUCUUCUUUUUAUUUAUAAUUUAAAAGGAAUUUGUGAUUGAACUUGCUCUAACAUUAUUGGAGGCGACAAUCAUAGACCUCACCUAAGGUUGUUUUUAAUAAUUUAAAUUGUUUGAUCGGUUUGGGUUCUUAUCUAAUUAAACAGUAUGCUAAAUUUCUUAGUGUAAUAGCAGGGAUUAUACCUGGAAUAACAGGUGAAUUAUGGUUAGGAAAUCCCCUCAUUACAUCCUUAACCACCAUUCUGCAGGUGAGUUAUGGUUAGGAAAACCCCUCAUUACAUCCAUAACUACCAUUCCUUUAAUUUUGUCUUGGCUCACCAGCAUUUGUAGGAUUAGGCACAAAAUUUUGUAUUAGUGUCCUCAUACCCUGACAGAAGCUUAAAUAUAUAUAUACAGCAACUAACAAUACCUUAA